UCGGUAUAGGUCGAUGGGCAACCUGUAUAUCUUAAAUCGUGCUAGGCACUAUGCAUAUUAUUAUUUAUUAUAAUUAAUAAUGCGAAUUGUGAUAAACAGUAAAGUGAUUUUCAAAAUGUAAUAACAUUUUAUGCCAUAAUUGUAAUAUUAUUUUAUUUAAGUAAAUUAAUUUUUAAAUAAUACGAUUCCUGUUCGGUGAUUCAAGUCAACAAAUGUUGGUCAGCAUCUAUAAUAAUUGAAAAAAGAUUUAUAGAUUUAAACCUUAACUGUUAUCUAUUAGUAAAUUGUUAAAUUGAUUAUUAAACAUUUAAAAAUAAUACUUCAAUUUCUAUAUAGGCUUCUGAUAUUAAUUGGAUUCGUAAUGGCUGAGAAAGCAGCUCAUCAUACAAAAACUAUUAUAAAUCGUCCAUCAAUUUUUGAAGUGAUUGCACAAGAAAAUCUUUCAUCAAUAAUUUAUCCAGCAUUAAAAAAAUGUUUUAUUUAUAUUACUCAUAAAAAUCCUGGACAAUUGGAAUUCCUAAAUAAAUAUUUUGAUGAAGUAUUUCUAGCACUUAAUACUGUAUGUCAGUAUCAAUAUUUGAAGAAAUAUGGAGGAACAUUUUCUGAACAUUUUUAUGAUUUAACCAGAGUUUCUAGUAUAACCAAUUCUAAACCUGACAAUUAUCAGUUUUAUUUGAGCUUAGCUUUAGUGGUUUGUAUACCUUAUCUACGAAACAAAUGUGAUAUGUAUAUCGAUCAAUUACAAAUGAAGUAUAAACUGCAACUGAAACAUAAAGUAUUUAUAACAUUAAAUAAAAUUGUUCAUACAUGUUGGGAAACAUUACGUUUAAUAUACUAUAUAAAAUAUAUCAAUGGAUCCAGUCAAUCACACUCUCCUUUAUUAACUAUUGUUGGAGUGGUAUUAACUUAUAACAAUAUUGAAUCUUCAAAUAAUGAGUCACUUUCUCAACUAAGUAUUAAGGAAUCUAUUAAAAAUUAUUUAUUGUAUGGAUUAUCUCACUCCUUGGAGUUAGGUGCCUUUUUUAUUCAGUUUUUAAAUUGGUGGCACUCUGAAAAUUUACAAUCAAAAUUUAUUGCCUACCCAAUACCUAAUCCUCCUAAGGAAAAUGAUACAUAUAAAUCAGUCAGAAACACUAAUAAGUGUCCUAUAUGUGAAAAUGAAAGAAAAAUGCCAACCGCGCUUACUGUAUCAGGGUUUGUAUACUGUUACAAGUGCUUACAUAAACAUCUUGUGGGAGUAUAUUCUAGAUGUCCAGUUACUAAAUUACCAGCAUCAAUGCAGGAUAUGAUCAGAAUUUACACAGAUAAUUAAUCAUUGUAUAAUAAUUAUAUGCAAAUGGUAAUUGGUAUAUUUUCACUAAAAUUUGAUUGUUAAAUAAACUUAUAUAUGAAUGUUAUGAUAUUUUUAAUUAUAAUAGUAUAAUAUAGCAUAGGUGUCUAUGUAUUAGAUAUAUUUCAUACCAAAUUAUUCAAACUAGGACUAACUUAACUAACCUAGAAUCAGUCGGUUUUGAGUUGUAAUAUUACACAAAUUACUGUAACCAAAUAAGUUUUGCAGUAAUUUCCCUAUAUUUUAUUUAAAUUAAUGCAAUAUGUUACCUUUUUCGUUA